AUGGCAUCGAAAGCAGCAAGUCUUGGAAGCUCCCUGCUUGUGCCUUGUGUUCAAGAAUUGGCCAAGGAUCCUUUGGUCGCUGUUCCACCAAGAUAUAUCCGUCAUGACCAAGAAGAUCCAAUCAUUGCUAGUUAUGAUCAGGUACCUCAGGUUCCUGUUAUUGAUAUGCAGAAAUUACUUGAUCAAGAAACGAUGUAUUCUGAAUUGGGCCACCUCCAUUUCGCUUGCAAAGAGUGGGGUUUCUUCCAGUUGGUAAACCAUUGCGUAAGCACUUCGUUGUUGGACAAAAUAAAGAAAGAACUUCAGGAUUUCUUCAACCUCCCAAUGGAGGAAAAGAAAAAAUUCUGGCAGUAUCCAGGAGAAAUAGAGGGUUUUGGACAAGCUUUUGUUGUAUCUGAGGAGCAAAAGCUUGAUUGGGGCGAUCUGUUCUUCAUGGUCACCCAGCCAGCUCAUUUAAGAAAGCCUCAUCUAUUCCCUAAACUCCCUCUUCCUUUCAGAGACACCUUGGAGAGCUACUCAGUGGAAGUGAAAAAUCUAGCGAUGGCUAUUCUUGAACAGAUGGCAAAAGCUUUAAACAUUAGAGCUGAAGAAAUGAGAGACUUCACCGAAGGCAUAAGACAAUCAAUGAGGAUGAACUAUUAUCCACCAUGUCCUCAAGCAGAGCAAGUUAUUGGCCUUACACCUCAUUCUGAUGCCACCGGUCUCACAAUUCUCCUGCAAGUUAAUGAAGUGGAAGGUCUCCAGAUAAGGAAGGACGGGAAGUGGGUUCCCAUAAAGCCACUUCCAAAUGCAUUUGUUGUCAACGUUGGAGAUAUUUUGGAGAUUGUAACCAAUGGUGCAUACCGUAGCAUCGAGCAUCGUGCAACAGUAAACUCUGAGAAGGAAAGACUUUCAAUUGCUUCAUUCCAUGGCCCAAGUUUUGAUGGCAAAGUAUGUCCAGCUCCUAGCUUGGUUACAGAACAAACACCAGCAUUGUUUAGAGAAGUUACAGUUCAGGAGUAUUUCAAGGGCCUGUUUUCUCGUGAGCUUCGAGGAAAAUCUUAUCUUGAUACAUUGAGAAUACAAAAUGAUCAAGCUUAA